AACUUGACUUCACAUUAAUUUUUUUGCUGCCGGAAAUAGAAUAUUCCCCCACCCCAUAAAAAUUACUUCUUUGAAUUCUUUAAUGAAUACCGUAAUAAAUAAAAAACCCGGCAAACUACAUAGAAUAUUGGUCAAUGGAUCUGAUAUUGUUUAAUGUAGAAUGUUCGUAGCUUUCUGAAGGGGAAUUGAAUCACAGAUUGUGAGUUGUGGGCCUGUGGCCAUUCAAAUGGAUGACUCCAUCCGGCCAUCUCUAAGUUCAUCAUCAUCAGCUAGCUUUUCUUGGAAUCAUCACAGAAGCAGUUACUAAGGUGUCUGAGAAAAAGGAGGGUGGGGAGGGGGUAAUGGGGGCCAUUAGUGGAGAAGAGUUGAUGAAGUGGGAGAAUAUGGAAGAAGGUGAUGGAGUUGGAGGAGAAGAAAGGAUUUUGGUGUUAGUGAGGUUAAGGCCACUGAGUGCAAAAGAGAUUUCAAGGAAUGAAGUUUCAGAAUGGGAAUGCAUCAACGACACUACAAUUUUGUAUAGGAACAGCAUCCAGGAGAGAUCUGUCCUUCCAACUGCUUAUUCAUUUGAUGGAGUAUUCAGGGGUGACUGCUCUACAAGAGAAGUGUAUGAGGCGGGAACGAAAGACAUUGCCCUUUCGGUUGUUAGUGGUAUCAACUCAACUAUUUUUGCAUAUGGACAAACCAGCAGUGGCAAAACUUACACCAUGAAUGGAAUCACAGAGUACACUGUAGCAGAUAUAUAUGAUUAUAUUCAAAAGCAUGAAGAAAGGGCAUUCAUAUUAAAGUUUUCUGCAAUGGAAAUCUACAAUGAAGUAGUUAGAGACCUCCUCAGCUCAGAUAGUUCUCCCCUAAGAUUGCUUGAUGAUCCAGAGAAAGGGACGAUCGUUGAGAAAAUAACAGAGGAAACCCUCAGAGAUUGGAGUCAUCUGAAGGAGCUCCUAUCCAUAUGUGAAGCUCAAAGACAAAUUGGGGAGACUCACCUGAAUGAGACAAGCUCCAGAUCCCAUCAAAUCCUGAAAUUGACAAUUGAAAGCUCUGCUCGUGAGUUUAUAGGGAAUGACAAAAAAACAACCUUAACUGCAAGUGUGAACUUUGUUGAUCUUGCUGGAAGUGAGCGGGCAUCUCAGGCUUUAUCUGUUGGUCAAAGGCUAAAGGAAGGCUGUCACAUAAACCGUAGUUUGCUCACUCUUGGAACUGUCAUUCGCAAGCUAAGUAAAGGGAGAAUUGGUCACAUUAACUAUAGAGAUUCUAAGCUAACACGGAUUCUGCAGCCAGCCUUGGGUGGCAAUGCAAGAACUGCUAUAGUAUGCAACUUGAGCCCAGCAAGGUGUCAUGUUGAGCAAUCACGGAAUACUCUCUUGUUUGCUUGUUGUGCUAAGGAAGUGACCACUAAUGCACAAGUCAAUGUGCUGAUGUCUGACAAGGCCUUGGUGAAGCACUUACAGAGAGAGGUAGCUAGAUUAGAGACCGAACUCAAAACUCCUCCAGGAACAUGUUGCGAUCAUGUGUCUUUGUUAAGGAAGAAAGAUAUGCAGAUCGAAAAGUUGGAGAAAGAGAUUAAAGAACUAACAAAACAACGUGACUUUGCUCAAUCACGGGUUGGCAAUUUGUUGCGGUUGAAUGAAAGUGAUCAAGAUUCAAGCAAAACGCUAGAAUGCAAUUCUUCUUUUAAACCACUUGAAGACACCACAUGUGAGGAUGAAUGCUCGAUAUCCUUUUCAGAAAAUGGAAUAAACUCUGCUACGUCUAACCAACAAGAACAGAUAAAUUUUGAUGAGAUACCAAACAAAGGAAGUCCAGUGGUUGGAGUGUCCAAUGAUGGACAAGGCAGUAGUAGUGAUCACGAGGUAUCGCCAAGUUCACCUAUACAAGCAAGUGGUAUCAGUAGUUUAAAUGAAUCAUCCAAGCUUUCCGUGUCUAGUAGUAGUGUGAAGGAUUCUAGAAGCGUUAAGUUGACCAAAAGCAGAAGCUGCAGAGCAAAUCUUAUGCAUGACUCUGAGAUGGUUGAAAAAUGUGAGACAACACUUCACAAUUGGUUUGAGAAAGAUUUCACUCAAAGACUAGAGGGAGGCUUAGAAAUGAAAGAGUGUAAGGCAACUUAUUCUGAUGCCAGCAAAACUAAACUAUCAAGAAACAAUUCACGGUCUUCCAAUUCUACUACUCUCAUAGAUAAGCUUACAAGCAAAAGCAGUGCCCGUGGUAAAGAGGAAAUCCCAAGUGUUGACACCUUUGUUGCUGGUCUGAAAGAUAUGGCUAAGCUUCAUCAGGUUGAGAAGGCAAAUAUCCAUGAUAAUAGCUCAGCAGGGAAUGUGAAGGAUGUAGGAUUAUUGGAUCAACUGGCGGCUUCUUCUGAUUGGCCUGUAGAGUUUGAAAGGAUGCAGAAAAGGAUAAUUGAACUUUGGCAGACUUGUAAUGUAUCACUGAUCCACAGAACAUAUUUCUUCCUGCUGUUUAAAGGUGAUCCAACGGACUCCAUUUACAUGGAGGUUGAGAUUAGAAGGCUCUCCUUCCUCAAAGAAUCAUUUUCCAAGGGAAACACUGUUGUUCAAGCUGGUAAACUGCUCACGCUUUCAUCAAGCCUAAAAGCUCUUCAGCAUGAAAGAACGUUGCUUCGCAGUCUUAUCAAUAAAACCUUAAUGGUAGAUGAAAGAAAUGAGGUCUAUGAUAAAUGGGGUAUCACAUUGAACUCAAAACAAAGAAGACACAAUCUAGCCCACCGUGUUUGGAGCGAAACAGAUGUGAAUCAUGUGAAAGAGAGUGCAGCAAUUGUUGCUAAGCUAAUUGGUUUUUCCGGGCAAGGAGAAGCUCUCAAGGAGAUGUGUGGACUUAACUUCACUCCUCCCGUCGUCACACGCCGGAGAUCCUUUGGCUGGAGAAACAACAGCAUGGCAUCACUCAUAUGACUCUCAGCGAUAGCGUUAUGGAAAAAACAUAAACAGAAGGUAUUGAGCGUACUAAUUAGAAGACUUGGAGAGAUGAAUUGUCCCGUUUUUGUUCCCGGGAUGGGAGGGAUAAUGCUGACUUGAACUUUGUAUGCUUCAAUCUAUGAGAAUUGUUGGUUAGUUUAUAGCUUUAAGAUGUAGGAACUUGUGCAUAUAUUUGUAUUCUGUUAUAGACUGCUCCUUACUGGAGUUGUGUUAUGUAAUAUAUAUAGAUAUAAUUUGUCUUCCCCCCUCUCAAUACGAAA